UCUAGAACCAUGUGGAUAAUAAUAAUAUCUCCAAAACCCUAACAUAAACCCCCCAAAUUCGAAAAGCAUAAUUCAAUCUCUUAACUUUCUCUCUUCAAUUGGGGUUGCUUUUUUUGUAGUGUAAACUUCUCUCAGUCUACGACAUGUCAAAGGUCACGCAAAUGGAAAGCCUGACCCGAAACGAUGGGUUCUACUUCUCGGACAGUUUAUUGGGCUUUGCACUGCAAACUAUGGUUGUGGAGUCCGCCAUUAUUGCUACAAAAUCUGUCGCUUGGUUACUCAUGAUGAUGGGAAGUCUGCCUGAUGGAAUUGAUAGCCAUAUCAAAGAGCCUGAAGCAUAUACAGGGUUUCCGCUUGCUCAGCUUCAUGCAGUGAGAAAACCUAGUCCUGAGAACAAGGAUGCCUGUGACACUGAGGAUGAUGAGGAUGAGGAUGAGAAAGAUGAAGCAGGAGAUGAUCAAGAUGAAGAUGCAGAUGAGGAGGAUGCAUCUGGUGAAGAUGGAGGAGAUCCAGAAGAUGAACCCGAGGCCAAUGGGGAUGGUGCCAGUGGAGACGAGGAUGACGACGACGAGGAUGAUGACGACGAUGACGACGAUGAUGGUGAGGAAGAGGAGGAAGAAGAAGAAGAGGAAGACGAGGAUGAAGAGGAAGAGCUUCAGCCACCGGCUAAAAAGCGAAAAUGAGCUUGAAUCUCUUCUUGUUUUUUAUUGUCUUGUUGAGGUUAGGGGUAUGGUGUAGUUGGAAGUUAGAAUGAGCCGAUUCAAGUUACGGACUAAGGGUGUCUGUCUAAAUUAGGGUAGAGAACAUUGUGAAAUUUCUGGAAAUCAGACUUGUUUGAUAUUUUCCUAAUAUACGGUUCUAGCACCAUUGUAUUAUAA